AUGGGUUACCAAAAGAAACCAAUAUUCCUGCUACAAGCUGCGUUGAUGAUACCGAACGUGUCAGUUAAACCGACACUAGAAGAAAUUCAAGAUGUAUUAGUGCUUGCAGGAAAGCACAUAACGGGUCUAUCAAAAGGCGUUUCACAAUGGACUGGAGGAAAGUCAUCUAGGGUGAGCUGGAAGAAGCUGGCGGGACACCAUCCGAACCAGUUGCUAGAAGUAGUUACCAAGCUUGACGAACAGGUGCAAUCAAUAACAAAUACGGCGCAAAGGUCUUUGAGGAUGGUUGAAGCGACGAAAGUGAAAAAGAAGUACUACAGGUUGGAAUCUGAAGAAAAACCGGUAUUCCCAUUGCAACAGAAAAACUUCUAUAGUCACGUCAUGGAAAAUAAAGAAAUUGUGAAAACAUUAUCACUAUUGUCAACGUGUACGCAGAACAUUAAAACUGAAUUAAACAUAUUAGUAAAGCGCUGGAGGCCAUAUCAUUAUUUGUGGAAAUGCGAGAAAACUCUCCGCCAGUUGUUGGCUUGGAAUUUAAAUGAUUUUGAAUUGGCUUUAAAAAGACAUAGUGAGUUGGAGGCGAAGUUGGCAACGGAACCGGAUGUUUUAAUUAUAGGAAACUGUUUAGCAGUCUCUACAGAAAAACUUAAAUUAGGACUUACUACUGAACUUAAAAAUGGUACAUACAGGAUAAGCCAAGCUAUGCGUAAAAAGUACAAACGUGAGAUGGACUACGUGUAUGCUAUAAUGAAUGACUUAGAGCGCAAGUUGGAGCGGCCUAUUAGAGAUUUAGAUGAUGUUAGAACUGUAAUGGAAACAUUAAAGAAAAUCAGAGAACAAGAAGUUGAUAUGGAGCUAAAAAUUGAUCCAGUUGAGGAGGCAUUCAAUGUCAUAACGCGCUAUGAACUCCCGGUCAGCAAAGAAGAUAUGGAGCAAGUGGACAAUCUCCGCUACAGCUGGCAGCAGCUACAGGCGACAGCCCUCGCAUCCCACGUCCAACUGCUGAAGAUGCAACCGCAAUUCGAGGAAGAUCUCAAAAACAACUUGGAUAAAUUCCGUGAAGACAACGCCGACUACUGCCACGAAUAUAGGCACGCGGGUCCUAUGCAACCUGGGUUAAGUCCACGUGAGGCGUCAGAUCGUUUGAUACUAUUUCAGAAUCGAUUUGAUGGAAUGUGGCGAAAACUGCAAACUUAUCAAAAUGGUGAGGAAUUAUUCGGACUACCUCAUACUGAAUAUCCAGAACUCGCUCAAAUCAGAAAGGAAUUGAAUCUGCUACAAAAACUAUAUAAACUAUAUAAUGACGUCAUUGAUAGAGUCAACAGUUACUAUGACAUACCGUGGGGUGAAGUCAAUAUAGAAGAGAUCAAUAACGAGCUUAUGGAGUUCCAAAAUAGGUGUAGGAAAUUGCCUAAAGGGUUAAAAGAAUGGCCCGCAUUUUACGCCUUAAAGAAAACAAUUGACGAUUUCAACGACAUGUGCCCACUACUCGAGUUGAUGGCAAACAAAGCUAUGAAGCCGCGUCACUGGCAGCGUAUUAUGGAAGUCACCAAAUAUAACUUCGAACUUGAUAAAGAAGAUUUUUGCCUAAAGAACAUUUUAGAAGCACCAUUAUUGCAAAACAAAGAGGAUAUAGAAGAUAUUUGUAUCUCAGCGAUGAAGGAAAAGGAUAUAGAAGCUAAGUUGCGUCAAGUCACAAACGAGUGGUCAGUACACGAAUUAACCUUUCAAACUUUCAAUAACCGCGGCGAACUGCUGCUCAGAGGCGAUACGACCGCAGAGACCAUCGGCCAACUUGAAGAUAGCCUUAUGAUUUUAGGUUCCUUGUUAUCUAAUAGAUACAACGCACCAUUUAGAAAGCAAAUUCAACAAUGGCUGUAUGAUUUGCAAAGUACUAAUGAAAUUCUCGAACGCUGGUUGCUGGUGCAAAACAUGUGGGUUUAUUUGGAAGCGGUAUUCGUUGGAGGUGACAUUGCGAAGCAACUGCCAAAAGAAGCAAAACGCUUCUCAAAAAUUGAUAAAUCUUGGCAAAAGAUCAUGCAAAGAGCCCAUGAAACACCGGGGGUUGUCUCUUGUUGCGUUGGUGAUGAUCUUCUUAAGCAACUUCUACCUCAUCUACAGGAGCAAUUGGAACUCUGCCAGAAAAGUUUAAGUGGGUAUUUGGAAAAAAAGAGAACUAUGUUUCCACGGUUUUUCUUUGUGUCGGAUCCCGCCUUGCUUGAGAUUCUUGGCCAGGCAUCUGAUUCACAUACGAUACAAAACCAUCUGUUGUCAAUUUUUGACAAUAUUAGAUAUGUGAAGUUUCAUGAUAUUGAAUACAACAAAAUGAUUGCCAUUAUUUCAUCGGAAGGUGAAGAAAUCAAGCUUGAGAGACCAGUACGAGCGGAGGGUUCGGUCGAGACGUGGCUAACUUCCCUUUUGCAAUCCGCUCAGAGCAGUUUGCAUUCCAUUAUACGCAAUGCGGUAUCACUGCUCAACGACCCUUCUUUCAAUAUGCUGCUCUUUCUUGAUAAAAUGCCCGCUCAGGUUGGACUCCUGGGCAUUCAGAUAAUUUGGACAAGGGAUGCUGAACUCGCGUUAAUUCAAGCAAGACAAGAUAAAAAGAUCAUGAUGGAAACAAAUAACAAGUUCUUGGAACUUCUUAAUACACUAAUAGACCAGACCACGCGGGAUCUACAAAAGAUAGAACGAAUCAAAUUUGAAACGCUAAUUACAAUACACGUUCAUCAAAGAGAUAUUUUCGACAUGUUGUGUCGUCUGAAUGUGCGGUCAGCGAACGACUUUGAAUGGCUUAAACAGUGCCGCUUUUACUUCAAGGAGGACGCUGACAAAACUUGGAUAUCAGUAACAGAUGUAACCUUCACUUAUCAGAACGAGUAUUUGGGAUGUACCGAAAGACUGGUCAUUACACCAUUGACAGACAGAUGCUACAUAACGUUAGCGCAAGCGCUUGCGAUGAGUAUGGGGGGAGCACCGUGUGGCCCCGCGGGGACUGGCAAGACCGAGACCGUAAAGGAUAUGGGUAAAACCUUGGCGAAAUACGUUGUGGUCUUCAAUUGUUCCGACCAAAUGGAUUACCGGGGUCUAGGCCGCAUAUACAAAGGUCUCGCCCAAUCAGGCUCUUGGGGCUGCUUCGACGAGUUCAAUCGCAUCGAACUGCCCGUCUUGUCAGUGGCGGCGCAGCAAGUUGCCGUCGUUCUUGCUGCCAAGAAGGAGAAGAAGAAGACCUUCCUCUUUACUGAUGGCGAAAUGUCCGACAUGUGCCCCGAGUUCGGUAUAUUUAUAACUAUGAAUCCAGGCUACGCUGGUCGUAAGGAGCUACCGGAAAAUUUAAAAAUUCAGUUUCGAACUGUAGCGAUGAUGGUGCCUGACAGACAGAUCAUCAUUAGAGUAAAGUUGGCUUCCUGUGGUUUUCUUGAGAAUAUCACUCUUGCCAGAAAAUUUUACACUCUCUACAAGCUAUGUGAAGAACAGUUGACUAAACAGGUACAUUAUGACUUCGGGCUUCGGAAUAUCCUGUCUGUAUUAAGAACUCUAGGUGCAGUCAAGCGAGUCAAUGCUAAAGACAACGAAAGCACAAUCGUGAUGCGCGUUCUGCGCGACAUGAAUUUAUCGAAGCUGAUCGACGAGGAUGAGCCUCUGUUUAUUUCUUUGGUAGCUGAUCUAUUUCCUAACCAAGUGUUGGAAAAAACUACAUAUCCCGAGCUCGAAGACGCUAUUCGAAAGCAAGUUGACCAAGCAGGAUUGAUCUAUCAUCCGCCAUGGGUGUUGAAAAUUAUUCAGAUAACUUACGUUAUUAAUGCAAAAUAUUAUAUUUAUUUAAGAGAAAUGCGAAUGAAUCCAAAAGCAAUAACAGCGGCACAAAUGUUUGGACGCCUAGAUGUUGCUACUAAUGACUGGACAGAUGGAAUAUUUUCAGCCUUGUGGAGGAAAACUCUUAAAAUAAAGACAGGCGAACAUAUUUGGUUAGUCCUAGACGGACCUGUUGAUAGCAUAUGGAUUGAAAAUUUGAAUUCGGUACUUGAUGACAAUAAAACACUAACUUUAGCCAAUGGUGACCGUUUGACAAUGUCUCCAACCUCUAAAAUUAUAUUUGAACCAGAGAAUAUAGACAACGCGUCACCAGCGACAGUAUCUCGUAAUGGAAUGGUAUAUAUGAGUUCUUCAGGAUUAGAUUGGCAGCCAGUCCUCAACGCAUGGUUAAAAUCUCGGUCACAAAGAGAAAUAGAAGUUUUUAGUGCUCUAUUUGAACAAACAUUUUUGAAUACAUAUACAUGGUGUACACAGAAUCUCACAUUCAGUAUGCGUGUACUACAGAGCAAUAUUAUAUUGCAAAUGCUUAAUCUCCUAGAAGGAUUAGUGCCACCUCAGAUUGUGGAAGUCGAAGAUGCAUCAGCUAGUAAAUCAGUUAAUGGUGACAUAGACGACGAAGAAGAAAAAGAAAAUGGUGAAGAAAUCGUUCUCUUUACUCAUGAACAUUUACAUAAAAUUUAUAUUUUUGCAUUAGUAUGGGGUUUUGGUUCACUUCUUGAAACUGAGGAUCGAAUUCGUUUUGACAAAUAUAUAAAAACAACAUUCCCAGAGAUGUUAGAAAUACCUAAGCACCCAAAUAAUAAACCUAGUAUUUUAUUUGAUUUUUAUGUCAAACAUCCCGGUAAGUGGGAAUUAUGGGACGAUUUGAUGACUAAUUAUCAAUAUCCCGAUACAGCAUCACCUGAUUAUUCUAGUAUUUUAGUACCUAUAGUCGAUAAUGUACGAAUUAAUUAUCUGAUUCAUUGCAUUGCUAAACAAGGAAAAGCAGUACUCCUCUUAGGAGAGCAAGGCUCAGCUAAAACCGUCAUGAUGAAAGCUUAUAUGAAAAAUGCUAAUGCGGAACAAUACAUGGGUCGAUCAUUUAAUUUUUCCUCUGCUACGAGUCCAUACCAGUUUCAGAAAACAAUAGAAAGUUAUGUUGAAAAACGUAGUGGAAUGACAUUUGGGCCUCCUGGUGGUAAGAAAAUGUUAGUAUUCAUAGAUGACAUCAACUUACCACAAAUAAACGAAUGGGGCGAUCAAAUAACAAAUGAAAUUGUUCGGCAAACUAUGAGUAUGGGCGGAUUUUACAGUUUAGAAAAGCCAGGAGAUUUUACUACAAUCAUUGAUAUACAAUUUCUAGGCGCUAUGGGCCAGCCAGGUGGAGGUCGAAACGAUAUACCAUCUCGUUUAAAACGACAAUUUUCAAUAUUUAACUGCCCUUUGCCCAACAAUGAAUCAAUAGACAAAAUUUUUAAGGUUAUUGGUGAAGGCCACUAUAAUGCAAAACGAGGAUUUACUACUGAAGUCAGGUCGCUUAUAAAACGCGUUAUACCCUUGACACGAGAGCUAUGGACACAAACGCGUCUAAAGCUAUUACCAACACCAGCAAAGUUUCAUUACGUAUUUUCUUUAAGAGAUUUGUCUAGAGUUUGGCAAGGUAUGGUUGGAACACUGCCAACUGUAAUAGAAUCAGAAAAAUGUCUUAUGCUUUUAUGGAAACACGAGUGUUCCCGUGUAUUUUCUGAUAGAUUUACGCAUCAAUCUGACAAAGAUUGGUUUAACAAAGCUUUAUACGACAUUUCUGAGGAAGUUUUAGGCGUAGAGUAUAAAAAAAUGAUGGAAAAAGAUCCUGUGUUUGUGGAUUUUAUGAGGGAUGCACCUGAACCGACAGGUGAAGAAGGUGAAGAUGCAGAUAUGGAACUACCAAAAGUAUAUGAGCCGGUGUUCGAUUUUAAUGAAUUACGCGAUCGCCUUGAUAUGUUUCUCUCUCAAUUCAAUGAAAUGGUCAGGGGAUCUGGAAUGGAUUUAGUAUUUUUCCCCGAUGCUAUGCUUCACUUAGUAAAAAUAUCCCGUGUUAUACGACAUCCUAGAGGAAACGUUAUGCUUGUAGGUGUAGGAGGCUCGGGAAAGCAAUCACUUACAAAACUGUCAACAUUUAUUGCUGGAUAUCGUUCUUUCCAAAUAGCUUUAACAAGAUCAUAUAAUGUUGGAAACUUUUUGGAAGAUCUUAAAUUACUCUACCGGUCAUGUGGCGUACAAGGAAAGGGAACAACAUUUAUUUUUACCGAUUUAGAUAUAAAGGAAGAAGGAUUUUUAGAAUACUUAAAUAAUAUAUUGUCAUCCGGUGUUAUAUCUAACUUAUUUACUAAAGACGAGCAGCAAGAAAUCAUUUCAGAAUUAACACCAAUAAUGAAGCGUGAAAAUCAAAAAAGAACAUUAACAAAUGAACUAGUUAUGGAAUAUUUUCUGAAUAGGACUUGUCAAAAUCUUCAUGUUGUUUUAUGUUUUUCGCCAGUCAGUGAGGCAUUUAGAUAUCGGGCACUAAGAUUUCCAGCUCUUAUAUCAGGUUGCACUAUCGACUGGUUCCAACCCUGGCCAAAAGAUGCACUUGUAUCUGUUGCUGAUCAUUUUCUAGCCGAAUUUGAAAUAGAAUGCACAAAAGAAGUUAAAAAAGAGCUUGUAACGGUUUUGGGGACAAUUCAGGAUGUAGUCUCAAAAGUAUCUGCAGAAUACUUUCAAAGAUUUAGAAGGUCUUCUCAUGUUACACCGAAAUCAUAUCUAAAUUUUAUAGGAGGUUAUAAAACAAUUUAUCAGAUGAAACAAAAAGAGCUGGGAGAUGGUGCUUUAAGAAUGGAUACUGGAUUGGAAAAGCUUCGCGAAGCGUCAAUAUCCGUUGAAGUUUUAAAGAAAGACUUAGCUGUAAUGGAACAAGAUUUAGCUUUAGCAUCUGAAAAGGCAGAUCGAGUAUUAACUGAAGUCACAGAAAGAGCUAUGCAGGCGGAAAUUGUCAAAAAUCAAGUGCAAAUAGUUAAAGAAAAGGCGGAAGUAUUAGUAGCUUAUAUUGCUGAAGAGAAAGAGAAAGCUGAAAGGAAGCUGGAAGCUGCCAAACCAGCGCUUGAAGAAGCUGAAGCAGCACUUAAUACAAUAAAACCAGCUCACAUAGCCACUGUCCGAAAAUUAGGCAGACCUCCACAUCUAAUUAUGAGAAUCAUGGACUGUGUACUUAUUUUAUUUCAGAGAAGAUUACACCCUCUGAUACCCGACACAGCUGCGCCGUGUCCAAAACCAUCGUGGGCUGAAUCUCUAAAGAUGAUGGCCAGUACCACAUUUCUUUUGCAACUACAAAAUUACCCAAAAGAUAUUAUAAAUAACGAAAUGGUAGAACACUUAAAUCCUUAUUUUGAAAUGGAAGAUUACAAUAUGGAUACAGCAAAGCGAGUUUGUGGUGACGUGGCUGGUUUGUUGUCAUGGACGAAAGCAAUGGCAUUUUUUCAUAGUGUCAAUAAAGAAGUUUUACCUUUGAAGGCAAAUCUUUUGUUGCAAGAAGCUCGAUUGAAGGUUGCAAUGGAAGAUCUGGCAUCAGCAGAAAGACAAUUAGAAGAGAGAGAAAUGUCUCUACGUAAAGUUAAAGAGCAGUACGAAUCAGCAGUGUCUGAGAAACAACAACUUACAGAUGCAGCAAAUGUAUGUUUGAGAAAAAUGACAGCAGCUACAGCUUUAAUUAAUGGACUAGGAGGUGAAAAAAUUAGGUGGACUCAACAAAGCAAAGAUUUUAAACAACAACUUGGUAGAUUAGUUGGUGACGUCGUUUUAGCGACAGGAUUUUUAUCAUACUGUGGUCCUUAUAAUCAGGAAUUUAGAAAUAAUCUCUUUAAUACUUGGAUGGGAAUACUCAAAAGCAAACAUAUACCCGUUACAGAUAAUUUAAAUAUUACCAAUAUGUUAGUUGAAAGUGCAACCAUAUCUGAAUGGACACUUCAAGGUCUUCCUAAUGAUGAGCUUUCUGUACAAAAUGCUUUAAUUGUUACAAAAUCUAGUUCUUAUCCACUUCUGGUUGAUCCACAAAGUCAGGGCAAAAAUUGGAUCAAGAAUAAAGAAAGCACUAAUGAGCUUCAAAUUACUUCACUCAAUCAUAAAUAUUUUAGGACUCACCUUGAAGACAGCUUAUCCCUUGGUAGGCCACUUCUAAUCGAGGACGUUGGUGUGGAACUAGAUCCAGUCAUAGACAAUGUUCUAGAAAAAAAUUUCAUUAAAUCGGGUUCCAUCGAAAAGGUUAUAGUAGGUGACAAGGAAUGUGAUGUAAUGCCUGGAUUUAUGCUUUACAUUACAACUAAAUUACCAAACCCUGCAUAUUCACCGGAAAUAAGCGCCAAAACCUCCAUUAUUGAUUUCACUGUCACUAUGCAAGGCCUUGAAGAUCAGCUACUUGGUCGAGUAAUUUUGAUGGAAAAAUCAGAUUUAGAAGAAGAGCGAGUUGCUUUGUUUGAGUCAGUUAUGAAAAAUCAGAGAAGCAUGAAAGAAUUAGAAAGUAACCUUCUCUGUCGCUUAACAUCCUCGAAAGGAUCGUUAGUUGAUGACGAAGCUCUUAUUGAAGUAUUACAGAUUACAAAAACAACGGCAGAGGAAGUAAAUGAAAAGCUCAAGGUGGCUGAAGUAACUGAGAAAAAAAUCAUCAAAGCCAGAGAAGAAUUUAGAGCAGUAGCGGCAAGGGGUUCCAUUUUAUACUUUUUGAUUGUUGAAAUGAGUAACGUUAAUAUUAUGUAUCAAAACUCACUCAAGCAGUUUCUUAAUAUUUUUGACAACUCCAUUACGAAAUCUACUAAAAGCAGUAUAACAGAAGAAAGAAUAAAUCUGAUUUUGAAAUACUUAACACAUGAAGUGUGGGCCUUUACAUUGCGCAGUUUAUACGAAAGACAUAAAGCAUUAUUCACAUUGAUGUUAGCCAUGAAAAUAGAUUGUCAUCGAGAAUUGAUAUCACACGACGAAUUUAUGGCUUUCGUAAAAGGCGGGGCAUCUCUUGAUUUAAAUGCAGUCACUCCAAAACCUUUUAAGUGGAUCUUGGACAUAACAUGGCUGAAUUUAGUGGAGAUUAGUAAACUAAAAAUUUUCUCUGACGUUCUUAUCAAAAUAUCUUCCAAUGAGAAAGAGUGGCGCGUUUGGUAUGAAAAAGCCAAACCUGAAGAAGAAAUGAUUCCUAGUAACUACAAUGAAAAUCUCGAUGUUUUUCGCAAACUUUUACUUAUAAGGUCAUGGAGUCCUGACCGAACUCUUUCACAAGCCAGGAAAUAUAUUGUUGAUUCCCUUGGUGCGGAAUAUGGAGAAGGUCGCAUUCUUAAUCUUGAGACUACUUGGGAAGAAUCAGAACCACGUACUCCGCUUAUUUGUAUUUUGUCCAUUGGAUCGGAUCCAUCUGCACAAAUUGCUGCCUUAGCUAAGGCUAAAGAUAUUGUUUUAAAGGCAGUUUCAAUGGGGCAAGGGCAAGAAAUUGUCGCCCGCAAAAUGAUAUCUGAUGCGAUGAAUGAAGGAGGUUGGGUUUUGCUGCAAAAUAUUCAUCUUUCGCUGCCAUUUUGUGUGGAGGCCAUGGAUGCUCUUAUAGAAACGGAGCAUAUACAAGACAGUUUCCGUCUUUGGCUUACCACUGAGGUUCACACGGAUUUCCCUAUAGGUUUGUUACAAAUGGCGAUUAAGUUCACAAACGAACCACCACAAGGUAUCAGAGCAAGUAUGAAAAGAACUUACCAGAACAUUACUCAAGACACUUUAGAUUAUUCAUCGUUACCACAAUGGCCACCUCUACUAUACGCUGUGGCAUUUUUACAUACAAUUGUUCAAGAAAGAAGAAAAUUCGGACCUUUAGGUUGGAAUAUUCCUUACGAAUUCAAUCAAGCUGAUUAUGCAGCAAGUGUACAGUUUAUUCAAAACCACCUCGACGAAAUAGACCCAAAGAAAGGAAUUUCAUGGCCAACCAUCUGUUAUAUGCUCGGAGAGGUACAAUACGGUGGGCGUGUAACAGAUGAUUUUGAUAAACGCCUGCUAACAACAUUCACUAAUGUCUGGUUCUGCGACGUACUUUUAAGACCUGGUUUUGAAUUUUACAAAGGCUACAAGGUGCCCCAGACAAGAAAUCUUCAAGGUUAUGUAGAUUAUAUCAAUCAACUGCCCUUAACGGAUACUCCCGAAGUGUUUGGCUUACAUAGCAACGCAGACAUUACGUAUCAGAUUAAUAGCGCUAAAGACAUCUUAGACACCAUACUUAGUGUUCAGCCUAAAGAAGGAGGGAGCCAGGGAGGAGAAACUAGAGAAAGCAUUGUUUAUCGUUUAGCUGAAGAUAUGUUGGAAAAGCUACCAAAACAAUAUGUUAGUUUUGAAGUUAGGGAAGCUCUACAGAAGAUGGGUGCUUUUUUGCCAAUGAACAUCUUUUUAAGGCAGGAAAUAGACAGGAUACAACGAGUCAUCAAAACUGUGCAAACCACAUUAUGCGAUUUAAAGUUAGCAAUUGAUGGCACCAUAGUGAUGAGUCAAGGGUUACGUGAAUCACUAGAUGCUAUGUACGAUGCAAGAAUACCCAAUCAUUGGUCAAAGGUUUCAUGGGAAUCCGCAACUUUAGGAUUUUGGUACACGGAACUUUUAGAACGAGAGCAGCAAUACAAAACCUGGUUGCGUGACGGAAGACCACACACAUUUUGGAUGACCGGAUUCUUUAAUCCUCAGGGCUUUCUGACGGCUAUGAGACAGGAAGUAACAAGAAGUCACAAAGGUUGGGCCCUGGACUCAGUAGUUCUGCAAAAUCACAUAACUAAGCUUAAUCGAGAAGACGUGCACGAAGGACCAACCGAAGGUGUCUACGUUUACGGCCUGUUUCUUGAAGGAGCAUCUUUGGAUCGAAAAACAGGAAAACUAAUAGAAUCCAAGCCUAAAGUGCUUUACGAACAAAUGCCUGUCAUAUACAUAUUCGCAAUAAACACAACUGCGGGUAAAGAUCCAAGAUUGUACGAGUGUCCAAUUUACAGAAAGCCUCAAAGAACUGACGCAAAAUACGUCGGUUCUAUCGACUUUGAGACUGACAGCAACCCUCGACAUUGGACGUUGAGAGGCGUGGCACUAUUGUGUGAUAUUAAAUAA